UCCCAUUGGAGAGCUGCGCGCUCCGGAUCCAUCCUCCCGGCGCGACGUCACGACGCGCUAUAAGGAUAAAGCGCUGGCUCGCUCCGAGCGCAGUCUGCUGGAUACCAGAGAGCGGGAGCGAGUGAGAGAGGCGAGCCUUGAAACCUCUGCGGUGCAGAGCUGGAAAAGCUGCUUCUCAGCGAAAAUUCAGACGCCCUAUUUGCUCCGCUUGUGCCCUCCUGCCAUUUUCCUGGAGAAAAAAAAAGGGACUUAUAACCAAGACGACGAGGACUGGUGCCCGUCUCAGCGACCAAACGUGGUAUUUCACUUAUUAUUAUUAUUUAUCUUGAUUUUUUUUUUGUGUGUAUGUGUGUGUGAUACACUUCUACUGAAGGGACUGAGGUUUUUAUUUUUGCACUGAGACUCACUCCUACCUCCUGCCUGGUCUCCCUGCCAGAUUAUCCCGGCAGAAGUAGGCUAUAUGACGCAAGUCUGAAAGUUUUCCUCCACUACUUUUUUUUCGUUUUCCUCCCCCCCCCCCUCCCAUCCCCACCUCCCCUCCUCCUCCACCACUCACACGGUGUUUCAUGCUACAGCAAGUCUGUGCACAGCGGUGGAGGAGCCAAAAGAACUAUUGCAUGAAACAAGAGAGGAGAGAAGAGACGCUGAUUAAUAAGUCCGUUUUUGUGACGCUUGCAAGUACCGUUGCACAUCUGCAAAAGAGUCGCGACGGCAACAUGAGUGCGGAGCUGAGCAUGGGUCCGGAGCUACCCAGCAGUCCUCUGGCUCUGGAAUAUGUCAACGAUUUUGACCUGAUGAAGUUCGACGUGAAGAAGGAAGGCCUGGCCGGGCUGGAGCGCAACGGGGUUCGCCAGUGUAACCGCCUCCAACCCCAAGGCUCCGUGUCCUCCACCCCCAUCAGCACGCCCUGCAGCUCGGUGCCCUCUUCGCCCAGCUUCAGCCCCACAGAGCAGAAGAACCACCUGGAGGAGCUGUACUGGAUGCCGAACAGCGGGUACCAUCAGCAGAUAGACCCGCAGACGCUGAGCCUGACCCCAGAGGACGCAGUGGAGGCCCUGAUCGGAGCCACGGCGCACGGCCACCCUCCGCCUCCGCACGUCCAACAGCAGCUGCAGCAGCAGGGCGCUUUCGAGGGCUACAGGGGCCCGCAUCACCACCACAGCCACCACGGCCACAACCAGCAGCACCAUCACCCAUACGCUGGGGGCAUCCCGCACCACGCCGAGGAGCUGUCCGGGCACCCGGGCGGACACAGCCACCCGCACAGCCAGCAUCACCAUCACCACAGCCAGGACCCCGACAGCCCGUCCCCGAUGUCCCCAGACUCCCACCAGUCGCUCCAUCACCACCGCCACCAUCACCACCACGGCCACCUGAGCCAGUCGGCGGGCCACCACGGCUCCGGGGGCGGACUCAACGUGGAGGACCGCUUCUCCGACGACCAGCUGGUGUCCAUGUCGGUGAGGGAGCUCAACAGACACCUGCGGGGCUUCACCAAGGACGAGGUCAUCCGCCUCAAGCAGAAGAGGCGGACCCUGAAGAACCGCGGCUACGCGCAGUCCUGCCGGUACAAGCGGGUGCAGCAGAAGCACGUGCUGGAGAACGAGAAGACGCAGCUGAUGAACCAGGUGGAGCAGCUCAAGUCCGAGAUCAGCCGCCUGGCGAGGGAGCGGGACGCCUACAAACUCAAGUGCGAGAAACUGACGGGGUCAGGGGCCAGUAACGGGUUCCGCGAGGCUGGCUCGACCAGUGACAACCCUUCAUCCCCAGAGUUUUUCAUGUGAGUUGUCAGAGCCUUUUUCUUGUGACCCCCCCCCCCCCCCCCCCGUCCCCGUCACAACAAACUCUUCCCCCUCCACCCGAAACCUUUUCCUUAUUUUUUUUCCUCCCCCCAACAAAUGACUGACUGGCUGAUGAACAAGCGAUAAUAAUCCACACCUCCCAUACUGUUUAUGAUUAUACGAAUAACGGUAACAAUUAUAUUCAUAUUAGAAGAAUAAUCCAUCAAAUAGUACUCUCAUAUAUAAUCAUUUCUCCAUCCACGUGUCAACUGAGAUACAAAGAGCAACGUAGAGUGUCCGAUCAGUCGCAGCAUCUCUGUAGAUUAGUUGCUUGUAGUGAAGAGACUUUUUCUUCUUCUUCUUCUUCUUCCAACGAGAGGAUCGGCUGAGGAACUUUUUUUUAAUUUUGAUUUUUUUCCCUCCUCCUUUGAGGCUGCAGCUUUUUUAAAUAAUCUGUAAGUAGUGUGGGAUGGCGUCGAGGUGUAUAGUUGUCUUGUAAUCCUGUUCUCUGAACUGAUGGACAUUGUUAUGAAACAACAAGUAGCGAUAGGCCACGCAGCCUGCAACUCCCAUCCGACGAGUGGGGCCGUAAUCUGAGAAAAAUCUCCAAAAGCAAGACUCCACUUUAUGCAAAUUGAACUCCUGUCUACUAGCCCGUCACAGGGAGGGGGCACAUUUUAUGCAACAUCUCAUUGAUUUAUUGCCUGCUUGGUUAUAUUCGAAUAUAUAUUGAAACAAAAAAAAAAACUGCAUUAAAUAUUAAUCCUGCAUGCUGGACAUGUACGGUAAUAAUUUCUAUUUUGUACUUUCAUCUUCUCGUGUAUAUUAAGAGCAUGUUGUUGAUCUGCGCUUCUCCAUAGUUUCUCGGGGGGUUAGAGAACCGCAGCGGGGACAGAACAGCAGGACUGCCGGUGCAGUGUCAUAUGGUGUGGGUUUCUUUUGAGCUUGUAAAUAUUAUGCAACCGCAAAAAAACUGCACAACAAGAUUGAGGAGGCUGGUUUGAACUUCUUUCAUUCUUUGUGUUGUGUUUUUUUUUCUAUAUUUUUCAUUGAUUUUUUUAUUGAUUUUGAUUUUUUUUAUCAUUUUGGGGUAUUGAUGGCGAUAAGGAGUGCAGUUUUUCUUUUUUUUUCUCCAGUUGCAUUUAAAUACAACAAAACUUUGUGUGUCAAGUGCACUUUUUGGAUUAAUGAUUUGCAAGUUUUCAUUUUGACUUUUGUGCAGACCUCCCUCAAGGAAGACAUACUAUGAUACUAUAUUGUGAUAUUAUUUAUGAGGCCCGGGUGCAAAGUUUUUGAGCAUAAUCUGCGGGAGGCUGAGGAGACGAACGUGUGGCCACGAUAUUAAUCGGACACAGAUUUGCACAGAAGAGCCUUUUGCGCAACAAACACACACGCACGCGCACACACACACGCACACACACACACACACACACACACACAAUGUGGGUUUGUCCUUUGUGUCGUUUUAAUCCAACGUGGCUUCUGUGCCACUAAUUCAGAAACGUGUUGUCUGCCUUUCCAUGAACCUUUUAAGAAACCACGUCGAACCCAAACAGAACCUCAUCCUCUCAUUGCAAUUGGCGGCCACCUGUAGCACAUGUUCACUGGGCCUAUAAUAUCAAGGAUUUAUAUUUUUUAACAAUAUUUAGAAAAAACGUGCAAACACUUACAUGUCAGGGGUUUUAUGUAAAGUUAAUAUUUAGAUAACGCGAGCGUUUUAAUACAAAGUGUGACUAUUAAUGCUCUAUGUUUUCCUGAUUUUUUUUCUGCAGGUCAGUAAAAAAGGGGACACAGGUUGUGCAAAUUCUCAAAAUGAAAACAAUAUGUACGUUAUGUAAUGUGUGUGUGUGUUUUUUUGUUGUCGAUUUUUAUUAUUAUUUGAUGAUUCUGGUUCUGCUGGCCAGAUGCAUAGUUAAAAGUUUUUAUUUUAAUGAUUUAAAUUAACAAACUGUCAGAUCAUAUCAUAAGCAUGGUGCUUGCAUUUGAAACUAUUGUUGAAGACUCACGCAUUUAACAAUCUUUGGUUUGUUACUGAUUCAACUGUGUUGAAAUCGAACUGAAACUGCAGCAGCGGGUUGUUGUUAUGUUUUCGCCGAUUCCAUGUACUUUGCGAUGAUGGGGAUCAAUUUUCAAUCCUGUUUAUAUAAAUAAUAGUUAAACACUUAAAUUUGAACUGUUCCAUUCAGGCUGGUUUCUGUUUCGUCUUAUUUUUGGUUGUUUUUGGAAGAAAUUGUUUCCUAUUUUGCUUAUUAAAGUCAUUGAAAUGGCAA